GUUAUGCCUUUGCUCUCUUCGUUUCUCCUCCUUCUCACCUCCUCCUCCUCUUUCUCUCUCUUCGCCUUUCUUUCUCUAAAAUCUCAGAGCUGUUGUUGUUAUCUGCUCCUUCGAUUCCAGGUGUUAUAAGAGGAGUGUUAGUGAAAUAGUGCUUGAUCAGGGAAUGGCUGGGAUUUCGAGCGAGGAAUCUGGAGUGGGAAAGUCUGCGGAGGGAACUUUCAGUGGGCAGCGUUGUCAAUCUGGGGAAGCAUUGGCAGAAUGGCGGUCUUCCGAGCAGGUGGAGAAUGGAACCCCAUCGACUUCCCCCCCUUAUUGGGACACUGACGACGACGACGAUGGACCAAAACCUUCAGAAUUGUAUGGAAGAUAUACAUGGAAGAUUGAAAAUUUUUCUCAGAUUACCAAAAGGGAACUUCGUAGUAAUGCGUUUGAGGUUGGCAGCUACAAGUGGUAUAUUUUAAUUUAUCCACAAGGCUGUGAUGUCUGCAAUCAUCUCUCUCUGUUUCUUUGUGUUGCUAAUCAUGACAAACUUCUUCCAGGAUGGAGUCAUUUUGCGCAAUUCACAAUAGCUGUGGUCAAUAAAGAUCCAAAGAAAUCAAAAUAUUCUGAUACAUUACACCGAUUUUGGAAGAAGGAGCAUGACUGGGGUUGGAAAAAAUUUAUGGAGCUCUCAAAAGUGUAUGAUGGCUUUGUUGACGCAUCUGACAAUCUGAUAAUAAAAGCUCAAGUUCAAGUCAUUAGGGAAAAAGCUGACAGGCCUUUUCGUUGCCUGGAUUGUCAGUAUAGGAGAGAACUUGUUAGAGUAUAUUUGACAAAUGUAGAACAAAUUUGCCGUCGUUUUGUGGAGGAAAGAAGAAGCAAGCUUGGGAAGUUGAUAGAGGAUAAAGCUAGGUGGUCAAGCUUCUGUACUUUCUGGCGAGAAAUUGAUCAAACCUCUAGGCGCCGCAUGUCAAGGGAGAAGACAGAUGUAAUUUUGAAAGUAGUUGUGAAACACUUCUUUAUAGAAAAAGAAGUGACUUCUACUUUGGUAAUGGACUCCUUGUAUAGUGGGUUGAAGGCUCUCGAAGGCCAGAAUAAGUGCAAGAAAGGUAGGGUAAAAUUGUUGGAUGCUGAAGAAAUGCCAGCACCAAUUGUCCGUGCUGAGAAAGAUAUGUUUGUACUGGUGGAUGAUGUUCUACUUCUUCUUGAGAGAGCCGCUAUAGAACCUCUGCCUCCGAAAGAUGAGAAGGGUCCUCAAAAUCGCACAAAGGAUGGAAACUCUGGGGAGGACUUCAGUAAAGAUUCUAUUGAGCGCGAUGAAAGGCGUCUCACAGAAUUAGGUCGCAGGACUUUGGAAAUAUUUGUCCUUGCCCAUAUAUUCAGCAAUAAAAUUGAGGUUUCCUACCAGGAAGCUGUUGCUCUAAAGAGACAAGAAGAGCUCAUUCGUGAAGAAGAAGCAGCAUGGCUGGCUGAAUGUGAGCAGAAAGCAAAACGUGGAAAUGAGAGGGAAAAGAAGUCAAAGAAGAAACAGGCCAAACAGAAACGGAACAAUCGGAAAGGAAAGGAUAAAGGUAGAGAGGAGAGACCUAUUGUGGCUGUAUAUGACAAGCAGCAACACAAUCCUGCUGAUGAGAAAAAGGAUUCUAACAUGGAAGAAGUUCAAGCUCUUGAUGAAAAGCUUGAUGCCCUGGAAGUUGUUUCUGAUGUGUCUGAUUCUGUGGACGGGGUUGGUGAAGCGCUUCAGCUUGAUUCUGAAGACAGAGAUGUGAGUCUUGUAAAUUGGGAUACUGAUGCAUCAGAAGUUCAUCCUCCCACUGAGGCUAGUAGCAAUGGUAUUGGUAGUCUUUCAUCUGUACAAAAUGGAAUGGCUGAGAAAAGGAGCAGUUCGGCAAUGGAUGACAGUUCUUCAACAUGUUCUACUGAUUCAUUACCAUCAAUGGUGAUGAAUGACCACUACAAGGGGAACUCUUUUUUAAAUUACAAAGUCCAAAAGUCACCUAACAGAGGUAAGAACCAAGUAAAAGCAUCAUGUAAUGUGGGCAGUUGGACAACAGAAAUGGAUAGUCAGCCAUCCGGUUCUGCUGCAGAUGCUGUAGAUGUUAAUGAGUCUGGAAGUAGCAAGUUAGGUGGAUCUGAGCCUGAGGGUGCUGUUCUCUGCUUGCAGGAUCGAUUAAAGUGGCUCGAUCACCAGGUCAUCAGAAAGGAAGAGGAUUUACCUUCGCUACAAAAGAAACAAAGCAUCAAAGACCAAGUUAGCAUAGAAAGAACUGUUGAUAAUGAAAGCCUUCCAAAAGAGAAUAAAUCAGCAGUGCCAUCCUCAUCUAGUAGUCCUCCAAGAAACUUACCUGUUCAAAUGAAGUCAGAAAACCAAACUAGAGUUACUGGAGAUCCUGUUCAUGCCAGGAAAACAUCUUUUGGUACCUCACAAUCAACUGAUAAAGAGGUGUCUUCAUCUUCAACUUCUGUAUCACAAGUAACAGUUGGUCCAAAAACAGAGAUCCAGAAAGCUUCAACCCCAAGACUAACUGAAAGAUCCAUGGCACAAGUGGCUAUGUUGUCAAGGCCUUCUAGUGCUCCACUAGUUCCUGGUGUUCCCAGGCCCACUGCCGCUGUUGUCUCCAUGGUUCAAACUGCUCCUCUACUUGCACGUUCUGUGAGUGCAACUGCUCGGUUGGGUCCUGAUCCCUCACCUGCUACUCAUAGUUAUGUUCCCCAAUCCUAUAGAAAUGCAAUAAUGGGGAAUCCUGUGGUGUCAACUGCUGCCAGUCUCCCUCAUUCCAGCUCUAGUUCAGGAGUAAACCCAUCUCCUGGCUAUUCACAACCACCCAUGGUAUCAUCGCCACUAUUUAUCUCCCGGAGCUCCGACAAAAUGGAUUCAAAUACUUCCCUGUCUGAUGUUCCUUUUGGUAUGAUUACACGGGAUGUUUUACAGAACGGACCUAAUUGGAUUGAUAGUUCUCAAAGGGAAGCCGGCAGAAGCAUGCCCUAUGAACCUCCUUCCCGACUAAAUGAUGCUCAAAACCUAGACUUGUUCAGGCCAAUAGACAGUAGAUCUUUGGGCAACAUAACGAGUGAGUUCCCAGCUUGCACAUCCAAGCAUCAGAACCAAGGGGGGUUGGUGGAUGAGUUCCCACACCUUGAUAUAAUUAAUGACCUGCUUGAUGAACCAAGGGAGCAUGGUAUUGGGAAGGCAUCCAGGGCAAGUUCAGUGUUCUACUCCCUCAAUGAUGGACCACAGUUGCUAAAUCGUCAGUUCACUUUUCCUGGAGACUUGGGUACCGAUGAUGAUUUGGGAUCUUCCACCAGUUCUUGUAGGUUUGAGAGAUCGCGAAGUUACCAUGAUGCUGGGUUUCAACAAGGGUAUAGCACAUCUGGUCGGCAUUAUGAUUCACUACAGGAUUAUGUUCCUCAGGCGAGUACACUAUCGUAUGGAAAUGGCAAGGUAGAUGGGAUGAUUCCAAACCAAUGGCAGGUUGCUGGUUCUGAUCUAUCUUAUCUAGGCAUGAGAAACACUGAGAAUAGUUACUCUUACUAUCAAGAUUACUCAAAUAUGGCAUGUGGUGUCAAUGGUUAUACUGUAUUCAGGCCUUCGAAUGGUCCGUAGAGGGAAAAGAUGACAAAGGUUGCCCACAAAUUAGUGGUCAUCAACCAAUGUAAUAAUGUAUUUGAGGAAAUUGUUGGGUCUCUUUAGAUUGGAGUGAGGUUGUAUCCCCUUGAUAGGAAAACAUUUUGUAAAGAGUGUUUCCGAUUAAUUUGGUUGCAGUUUUUCAUAAAAUUAUACAUGUUCUAGCCUUUUGGGAUUAUAUGCCCAUGUCCUUCCGAGCUUCUAUUAAUUUUGGGAUUUUGGCCUA